AGCAUCCAAGAGCAAGGAGCAAACCCUAUAUAAAGGAAGCCCUGCUGGCUGCAGGGUCCCACAAGCAAGUGGCAGCUUUCCCAAGGGCAUCAGGAAGAUGAACUGUCUCCUCGCUUGCGCUGUGCUGUUUGCUUGGGGGUUGUCCUCUGCUGGUGGGAGCCUCUGGGAGCUGCAGAGGAUGAUCACGGAGGCGACGGGGAAGAGCGCCUUGCUGCAUUACUCCUCCUACGGCUGCUACUGUGGCUUGGGAGGCAAAGGGAGUCCCAAGGAUGCCACGGACAGCUGCCCUACAGAUGCUGCCAGCUGCAUGAUUCCUGCUAUGACAGCCUCUCGAGGUACCACUGCAACGCCAAGAAGCAGCGCUACCACUACAGCUGGCACGGCAACAGCCUCUCCUGUAGUGAGGACUUCUGGUGUGCCCGGUACUCCUGCGAGUGCGACCGCCACCUGGCACUUUGCCUGAAGCGAAGCGUCAGGACCUACAGCAAACGUUACCUCUUCUACUCCAAGCAUCGGUGUCGGUGAUGGGACAUGAGAUGCGGUGCUGGAGCGUACGCAUGGAUUCUGCCUCUGGAUCCCCACACGCCCCUGCACGAACCACGUUAGCGCUGCUGUAAAUUAAAUCAACGUGAAAAUAUAUGUGUUUAAACCACCCUGGUUCUUUGUGAGCUCCAACUAUCCCCUUUGAUAC